GACAGCGAACAUAAAAAGGACAUGUACCCGGCCGUUAUAACGACACAGCUACUUAGCUAGCUAAUUAGCUAGCUCACAGAGCCUUGGAUUUCAUUGUCCACAUAAAUUAUUGACGUCCAAUGGUUUCAUUUACCAUAAACUGCCGUAUGUAUGUAGUGAAUUAGUCAUUUUAAUGGCGUUCAAUGGCCAUCAACGCGAAGAUGAAGGUGUCGACGAAGACGAAACGCCCACGAAGCAGCCGCGGUCCAACAAGGAGAUGCCCGGGUGUUUCAGAAACGAGCCCAACAAUGAGGCAGCCGCGCCCGCAGGAAGAUCCACAUCCGACCGGCGGACCUCCAACUCGACGGCGAGGCAUCGCAGCGACUCGGUGAAGAAAACAAGGCCGCCAUUUCCCUGGUUUGGAAUGGACAUUGGAGGCACUCUGGUGAAGCUGGUGUACUUUGAGCCCAAGGACAUCACAGCAGAGGAGGAGCAAGAGGAGGUGGAGAACCUGAAGAGCAUCAGGCGCUACCUAACCUCCAACACUGCCUAUGGUAAGACGGGCAUCAGGGACGUACACCUUGAGCUGCAGGACCUGACGCUGUGCGGCAGGAAGGGCAACCUGCACUUCAUCCGCUUCCCCACGCAUGACCUGCCGGCCUUCCUGCAGAUGGGCCGCAACAAGCACUUCUCCAGCCUCCACACCACCCUCUGCGCCACAGGAGGGGGGGCGUACAAGUUUGAGUCUGAUUUCCGCACGAUGGCAGACCUGCAGCUUCACAAGCUGGAUGAGCUGGACUGUUUGAUCCGGGGGGUGUUGUACAUCGACUCUGUGGUGUCCAGUGGACCCUCAGAGUGCUACUACUUUGAAAACCCCACUGACCCAGAUCGCUGCAUCCAGAAGCCGUACACACUGGAGAAUCCCUAUCCUCUGCUGCUGGUCAACAUAGGGUCUGGGGUCAGCAUCCUGGCCGUCUACUCUGAGAGCAACUACAAACGAGUAACAGGGACCAGCCUCGGUGGUGGGACCUUCCUGGGCCUGUGUUGCCUGCUGACUGGCUGCUCUACUUUCGAGGAAGCUCUAGAAAUGGCUUCUCAAGGCGAGAGCACCCGAGUGGACAAGCUGGUUCGGGACAUCUACGGAGGAGACUAUGAGAGGUUUGGACUGCCAGGCUGGGCUGUAGCCUCAAGUUUUGGCAACAUGAUGUCCAAAGAGAAGAGGGAGUCGGUGUCCAAAGAGGACUUGGCCAGGGCAACACUGGUCACCAUCACUAAUAACAUCGGCUCCAUCACCAGGAUGUGUGCUCUCAAUGAGAACAUAGAGAGAGUGGUGUUUGUUGGUAACUUCCUGAGAGUGAACACCCUCUCUAUGAAGCUGUUGGCCUAUGCCAUGGACUACUGGUCUAAAGGACAACUCAAGGCGCUCUUCCUUCAGCAUGAGGGUUACUUCGGAGCGGUUGGAGCCCUGUUGGAACUUCUGCAUCCGUCCUAAUCCGUCCAAACUACAUCCAAAGAUGUCAAUCUGCUGCAAAGACCAUUAGCACUUUAGUCCGUCUAGAAUUAAUUCCACAGUGGGAUGUUGUGUCAGCCAGCAGCCAAUCACUGGUGAAGUUUGGCUGUGGCAGGCAAACUGUCAAACAUUUGGAGGUCCUAUUAUGUUCUGGAACUGACUUCUAAAUUUUGAUGUACCGUACAUCUGCGGUUGUGGUCAGUGGAUAGAAGUCUGUUUCCUGCCCUGACCAAAGUUGUAUGUUUGGUCUUAAACAUCUCAAGGAAAGUCACCACUGUUGCCUGAUAUACUUUGGUAAAAAAAACAUUCAGCAUUACAUACUCUUGUCUUGUUGACUGCACUUACCCCUCAGUGGGUGUCAGGUCCUGGGCCGUAUAUCUGAAAGUACUUUUUAGGGUGUAUUUUGGUGGAUGGGUGUACUAUCUUGUACGAGUUUACUUGAUGGGUAAUUUAAGAUUGUUUAUUUACUGAAUAUGUUGUUGAUGAAUUGGGCAGUUGAUAUAUGACUUAUUUCAAAUGCCUGUUUUUGUCAAAAACAGUCAUUCUCAAUUCUAAAGCCAAGUAUUUUAGCAUUUAAGAUAAAAAAAAAUGCAUGAAAUCUUCAUAUUUCAGAAGAGGGAACAAUCAUUUUAGGCAAGAUGUUGUCAUGAUAGUGCUCCCAUCUCUCUGGUACUCCUAGUAAGCAGAAGCAAAACACUGAAGAUAAUUUACAGCCACUUAUUAUUUGUGUUUUAUCAUCCUUGAGCAUAUACUCUUUUGUCACUUAAUAUAAUUUAAUUAGGGUGUCAUUGAAACAAGCAGGUUUUCCUCACUAGGUGUUGAUUCACAUUUAAACUUGCAAUUCAGCAUCUUUAUUGACACCAUCAUUGAAAAUGCACAAGAGGUCACCAUUUCUUCACACUUAUUUCUUUAAUGAAGACAUUAGAUGUUACAUUUAUAUCCUUUUCCCAAAUGCAAUCUUAAUGUUUGUAAAGUUUUUGUAAAGAACCACGUUUUUACACCAAAGCUGAUAUCAGAAAAUCUGGACAAUCACUUUUGGGCUUAGUGUAAAGUAUCAGUGAUACAUGUAAGUCCCUUUCUUUCUUUUUUAGAUUACUUUAGGGCAUUUUGCCUUUAUUGGACAGGAAAGGGGGGGGAGUGAAGACGACAUGUAGCAAAGGCUUUGAGCCGGCAAGGACUUCUGUCAACUCUACCAAGUAUACCACCGGUGCACCCCUUUGAAUCCCUUUCUGACCCCAAUCCUCUGCCCUGCUGAAGUGCCCUUGAGCCUCUGCAUACCUUGUAGAGAGAAUUGGUAGCAAGUCAAAAGAUGGCUAUCUAUACAUAUGAAAAUGUAGGUAAAAUGAGGGCAUUGUUUCCCCCCGAUUAGAUUUAAAAAAUAAAAAAAAAGUUAUUUAAAUGUAUUAACUUGAUGCAUCACUCCAAUGGAGCUUUCAAGUUCUGUGACCCCAAAUCAUUUCUGUCUUGUUUAGCAAGUUCAGUAUGUACCUAAAUAUUAAUAUUUUGAUUUUAAUGUAUGUUUUGGUCUGGUUUCAUGACGUUUUUGUUUAACAAGAGGCAUUUAGAAAGGUAAAACUUGAAAAAUGUUGUCAGAUUUGUUAUUUUUCCGUCCCAUUUUAAUGUCAUCUGUCUGUCAGUAAUCGGUCCAUCGAUGGAGUACAGGGACCAUAAUGAAUCAACUACCUAAGUUAGAGAGUUGACUAUCAAAAUAGUUGGAAAUUCAGUGGACAGUUUCAGCUCUCAUUUAUACUUGUAAUGUAUUUCAAAGUUGUACUUUCAGUCAGUUGAUUUUUAAAUGAAGUGCCUGUCAUGUUUUUGUAUAGAAUACAAUAAUGUGCUCAGCAAUGUUGUUUAAAAUGAGACAAACUGGUCUGUAAUUCUGUUUCCCUCUGUUUGUUACAAUGCAAAGAAAACUUUGUACAUUUUUUGUAACAGUCAUUACGGAUUUCUUAUUGUGUUGUCCCUGAUUAAACACCAACUUUUCAUA